ACUAGGAAAAAAAAGGGGACAUUCACAUUGCUCAUUGCUCAAUAUCACAGGGGGUGGAAGUAAACAGUUCACUUCCUCAUCCGAGUGAAGUUUGAGUCAACUGAACCCUAAAUUCCAUCGACAAAUUGGAAAUCAUAGAUCGAAUUCACGACAGAGAACGAUGAAAUUGGAUUCUUAUUAUGGCGUUUUGUUUCUGCUGCUACAGAUCGUCGCAUGUUUCCAUCGAUUACUCCCAUUCGCCUCUGCAAAAUCUGGUGGAGUUUGUGUUUCUCCUGGCGGUCGGUUUCCACCUUAUACUAUCCAAGGGAAACCUCCAAGAAGAGUAAGCAAGGGCCCCACAGAUUUAACUCUUUGUAGGGUGUUCCGCAAAAACACAUGCUGUGAUGUUACCCAGACUCAUCCUGCGUUGCUGGCAGUUAGAAGGCUGGCUUCUUCUGGAGAGGCUAGUGAUGAAUGCUUGCAUUUAUGGGAGCUUCUAGAAUGUUCUAUUUGCGAUCCACAUGUUGGCGUGCAAUCUGGCCCUCCAGUCAUAUGUGCCUCUCUUUGUGAUAGGAUUUACGAUGCUUGCUCUAAUGCUUACUUUGCUAUGGAUGGAAAGAAUCAGGUGCUAGUUCCAUGUGGCAUCAGUGACACUGUUUGUGGUAGAGCCUCUGAAUGGGUCUCAAAUGGCACAGAACUCUGUAAAGCUUCUGGAUUUUCUGUUAAACCAUCUAACGAUCUUAAAGAAACUUUUUGUUAUGGUGGUAAAGCGAGUUUGGAUUCUGUCGUGGAUUCAUGGAGGACCUCACACACACGUGAUGCCGAGAGCUCAGGAUAUCUUUUCGAUUUUCAGCAGUGGGUCAGGGAAAUGCCGAUUAAUGAACAAGUGUCGUGGGCCGUUGGUGGAUUAGUUCUUACAGCAGGGCUUCUCUUUGUAAGUAAAAAGAAGAGCAACAACCAAAGGCAACGACAAGCAGCUAUACAACGUACGGCAAGGAAGCUUGGUGGGAAAAUGAGCCCAAGGUAUCCUGCUAGUCAAGCAAACAGAAACUGAAGAAUGUAGAUGACAGUUUGAUUUGAUAUAACACCGGUUAGUUAUGCUAGUCAUGUAAUAUCACUAGGUGCGCUAUAUUCAAAACCGUGUCUAUCAUUAUGGACGUUUCAGUUUGUCCAGGUUGAUUGAAGAAUAUAUGGGGCUUUCAGUUAUU